UGUAAGGUUAUCAGGUUCAAUAAGAGAGAUUGUGGUUGUUGCCAAGAGUGAUCUCACGGUUCUCUUUUCUCACAGUAUUCCUUCAGAGGCAGAGAGGAUUACAUUGAUCACUACAGUGGAGGUGUCUGGUGAGUGAUGAGACAUGGGUGAUAGUGAGUGACAGGAAUCCAGCAGCCAGAACCUGUGCAGGGCAGCAACCCAUCCAUCCUCUCCACAGGCAGAAGUCUGGUGACCUUCAAACAACUGGAGUAGCACAGAGAAACAGUUCAUGAUAACACUCUUCCUGGAGGAUGCUGUCGGUGAGUAAUGAUGGACAGACACUUCAUUACUAUGGACAUUUUCACAUAAGUAUGGGUGGUGAUUCAAUUGUCUUAUUUAAAAUAAUGCACUGAGAAUUCACUUAGAAAGUAUUGCAUGCAUUCUUUCCGCUUUCAAAACUGUAAACUGUUCAAUUGUGUAUCUUAAAGGAAGAAUGUUCAUGCAAAUAGUCUUUCAUGCAUCUCUUUCUUAUUUACUUGCUCUAGUCUGUAAUCUUUAUAAAAGCAUGAAUUCCGUCAUAAAAGUGAAUCUGUUUGUGUCUAUCAGUAGCAACAUGCAGGAGCAGGAAAAGUGUGUCAGUGAGUGUCGUUCAGUGUGCCAGAGGUACAGAGAAACCCUGGGUGCUGGUCUGUCUCAUGAUCAGGUAUUUAUAGCAGGGGAGGUAUAAAUAGCCCCAGAAUGGAGAAAAACGGAUCCCCUUUAAACCACGAAGGACGCCAUAGCCACAUUACAGCCUGAUUACGAAAGGUAAAAGAAAACAAACUGCAUCAUAGUAUAAACCUAGUCUUGGUGUGUUAGAUCAUAUGAAAAGGUCAUAUAAAUGAGUCGUGGGCCUACACUAAAUGUCUACUGUAAGGGGGUUUUCUCUUCAAUAUGUACAAAAAAAAAGUGAAGAAUUCUAAAAAUCCAUGAGAUUGUUAGCUAUAGACCUACAGCCCUUAAUUAGAUUAAGAUUGAAACACUGUAUCACAUUUCAUUACAAAUGCAUCCUUAAAAUGGAACAUUUGAAACCUGCCAUUUACUGCGCCAUGGGCCGUUGAACACAUGCAUGCUUGACAUUUCACAACAAGGGGUUAUGACUCACGAACUUCUAUGUGUUUGCGUGGAUGUGUUUAUGAAUAUUUUGACCUGGAUACCUGUUAUUUUGUUACACAUAAUGCAACAUGCCAAAUUAAAUGAGUCUGUGUAAAUGAUUGGGCAUAUCCACCAAACCAACUAAGACUAUUGUUAGGCAUAGUAAACAAUGUAAACCUGGUCGAUUGAUUGUGAAGGGAUGUGCCUGUCACAUGCAUGCCAUGCUAUAGGUCAUAGGUCAUGCCAGGUGAUAGUUUGUCUUGUUGAGUUUAGCUGGAGAGAUCCCCACUAGAGAGACUGCAAGAGGCCUGGACAUGCACUUUGACGAACUAGGAUAUGAAGGGGACGACUAUGAGGAUGUGGACACUCAAUACAUGAUUGAACAGAGUCUUCUGGAAUGUAACAAGCAGAUUGAAUCGCAGGAUUCCAGCCUAGGGGAUGAGUGCAGUCAAGAUAUAACAGAUAAUGUAAAAAUCUUCUCCGCCAUCAGAAAAGGUGACGAAGCAGCUCUCCGCCAGCUGUCUGUCAGCCAGGGUGCUUUCUCUGAAGUGGACAACAGAGGCUGGAUCCCCCUACAUGAGGCCGUUAGUCAGAAGAACCAAAAUAUUCUAGAGGUCACCUUUGCAGCGUCGAGUCAAAAUGCAGUGCAAUGUCGGACCGACCGGGGAAAGACACCUCUGUUCCUGGCGGUGGAGCGAGGUCUGAUAGAAAACGCCACCUUUCUGCUACAGAAUCAUUCCAGUUCUGACUGCCAGGAUGACGAAGAGGACUCCCCGCUAGUUAUAGCUAUCAGAAACGAUCGUCUGGACCUGGCCAAGCUCCUACUGGGGUUCGGUAGCAAUGUGAACCUGGAGGGAUGUCACAGCAGGACCCCCCUCCACGAGGCUGCCAAGCUGGGACGGGAGGAAUUUGUGGAGCUGCUUCUCAGGUCUGGGGCCAACCCAGACGCCAGGUCCGACUAUGGGCUCACACCCCUGGCCCUUGCCGCUCAGUGUGGGCAUGUGAAGGUAGUCCAAGCCCUCGUCCAGAAAGCAGGGGCCAACGUGGAGUCUAUGGCCCAGGAUUUUGCCACAAUCCUAUUUGAGGCAUCUGCCUCUGGCUACCCUGAGAUUAUCUCUCUGCUGUUGGAGUAUGGAGCUGAUGCCAAUGUCCCCAAACACACCGGACACCUCCCCAUCCACAGAGUCUCCCACAGGGGCCAUUUACAAGCUCUGAAGAUCCUGAUCCCUGUGACGACCUGUGACGCAGUGUAUGAGAGUGGAAUGAGCCCCUUACACUCUGCAGCUGCUGGUGGUCACACACAGUGUCUAAAGGCCCUGCUGAAGGCAGGCUAUGACCCUAACUACAUGUUGCACCCCUGGGUCCGACGUAACUACGACGACCAGCGGAAGUCUGCCCUGUACUUUGCGGUGUCCAACGAUGAUGUCCCCUCGGUCAAGCUGCUGCUGGAGGCUGGGGCCAUGCCCAACCAGGACCCUGUCAAGUGCCUACAGGUGGCUCUGAGGUCGGGUAACCUGGAGAUGAUCUACGUCCUGCUGAGGUUCGGAGCCAACGUCAACUACUUCUCCCGCAUCAAUACCACCCACUUCCCCUCCGCGCUACAGUACGCCUUGAAGGACGAGGUUGUCCUGCGCAUGCUUUGUAACUAUGGCUACGAUGUCCAGCGCUGCUUCGAGUGCAACUACGGUGAAGCGUCCCAUGUUCCUGAUGACUAUGAGGGCUGGACAAAUUCUGUCAUCAACGACUCCAUGUUUUGUGAGGUUAUCUCAGUGUACUGGUUGAAAGAACACUCGGGACACGUGGUGCGUAUCAUGAUGGAUUACGUCGAUCACGUGACCUUCUGCUCGAAACUAAAGGCUGUUCUGAUGGAACAAAAGCAGUGGCCUGAUAUCUGCAAAGUUCAAGAGAACGCUCGCUGUCUUCAGCAUCUCUGUCGUCUGAAGAUCCGUAGCUGUCUGGGCCGACUGCGUCUCAGGGCCCCAGUGUUCAGGCAUUUCCUGCCUCUACCCAACCGGCUCAAAGAUUACAUCCUGUACCGGGAGUAUGAUCUCUUCAGCCAGAAGAUCCUAGUGGGCUGACUGGAAGAAGUACAUGGAGGAUGAGCGAAGAAGAUAGGCCUACAUUAACAAUUAGUCAGUGACUCAGCAAUGUUAUUAGUCAGUUUUUUACUCUCAGAGGUGCCGUCUCUUAAGGCCAGGGUGCCCGACGUCGAAAUCUUGUGAGUAUUUUUUGGAGGAAGGGGGGCACAUCGAGGCUGAUUUGUUCAUUGUGGCUAUAGCACCCUAGCUCUACUGUAAUUCAAACCGUGCUAUUAGUCUGUCAGGCAGACGAGCUGAGCUCACUCACAUCAGGUUAAAAGAGUUUACUGUUAUCAUCAAGUGGAAUUUGUUACUUUUCACCUAAAAAAUGAGGGGGGAUUGAAGAAUUUUGGUCUAUUUCAGCAUAAAAUAAAACCUUUCUCUUUUUUUUGUCAA